AUGACUUCAGAAACGACAGACAAUAAUGAAAAUCACGAGGUAGAAUGUGUUGGAAUGUGUUAUGGGGGAAGUGGCAACAACUUACCAUUAGCUAAAGAUGUUGUAAAUCUUUAUAAAGCUAAUGGCAUAACAAGUAUGAGAUUGUAUGAUCCAAAUCCUGAAACACUCAAUGCUCUCAAGGAUAGUAACAUUCGAGUCAUGCUUUGCAUUCCAAAUGAGAAACUUCAAGCCUUAACAGAUCCAAAAGAAGCUUACAAUUGGGUUGUUGCCAAUGUUAUAAAUUAUAUCAAACAAGUCAAAAUAAGAUAUCUAAGUGUUGGGAAUAAUAUCAGCCCUGUUAAUAAUGGAACAUCUCAAUUUGUUCCCUUCCUUCUCCCUGCCAUGGAAAAUGUGCAACAAGUCAUUACGUCGUUCAGACUGAAAAAUCGUGUAAAAGUGUCAACAGCUAUAGAGACGGGGCUAUUGGCGAAUGCUACAUCUCCACCAUCUCAAUCAACAUUUCGCGGAGAUGUGACUAGUUUCAUUAAACCAAUUAUUGAGUUGUUGAAACAGAACAACGCACCUUUGCUAGCAAAUAUUUAUCCGUAUUUUGCUUAUGUUGCUGAUCCUGAUCAUGUUUCAUUCUCUUAUGCCAUGUUUACGCAAGUAGAACCAGAUUCAUCGGGGUACACUAAUCUAUUUGAUGCUAUGUUGGAUUCAAUUUACUAUGCAAUUGCGAAAGCGAUUGGUGAAAAUAACAUUGAGAUUGUUGUUCCAUCUGAGGGUGGUUUUGGAGGAAGUAUGGAUAUUGCUGGUAGUUACUAUGGGAAUUUGGUUGGUCAUUCGAUGUCGAACGUAGGAACAGUAUACAAGCCAGGAAAACCUAUAGGAACUUAUUUAUUUGCGAUGUUUGAUGAAAAUUUGAAGAUAGGAGCAGAGACUGAGAAACAUUUUGGAGUGUUUUAUCCUAAUAAAACUCAAAAGUAUAAUCUUAUUUUUAAGUUGUAG